AUGGCAGGGGAGGAGUCUGAGACAUCUUUGAACAGGAUGCCUCGCGUGAACAGCCUGAUCCAUCACUUCCAGCGGCAACGGGGAAGCGGCGAGGACAAGGGCAUGGUGAGCCGUGACAGUGUUACUAGGGUCGAGAUUCAGGCCCAGGCAAGUACGGAUUCGCUGAGCGAGUCGGGCAGCCGUCGUUUCGGCAUCGACAACCGUAUCUUGUACCAUAACAUCUCCCCCUCCAAUCGGCUGUGGCUACGCAUCUACAAGUACAUCCUGAAUCUGGGUGUGCUGUUUCUGAUCGUGGCGUAUACUUUUUACAUCGUAGGCUUGUUCGAGCCAAUUCUGUACCUGGACGCCGGUGAAUUCACGGAUCCCGACGUGUUCCAGCCCUUCAACGAAACCCUGCUGCAUUCGUUGAAGACCUUAUAUAAGCAGAAGGCAUACUUCACCGUGAUCAUCGCCGGUAUGUUUUCCAUAACGCUGCCGUUCGUGAAGAUGAUCGUCACCACCCUGGCGUACGUUAUCGCCGUUGCCCACCGUCGUUCGCAGCUGCUGCUGUUUUUCGGCGAGAAGCCCAUCGACAAAUCUGGGAUUCGCACCGAGGACGAGGGCAACAUCAAGUACGCGCGUGAGAUGCUCAUGAUCCUGAAGCUGAUCUCAAAGUUUCAGAUGGUGGAUGUGGUUGUGCUGCUCCUAAACGCGGUCUUCUUGCGUUGCGCUUUCGUCUGGGCUCGCCCAGCUAAAGGGCUGCUGUAUCUGGUGAUAUACUGCCUGUUCUCUAUCGCUGGUGCGCAACUGGUCAACUUCGCCGUCGAGGGCGAGAAAGACAUCUUCGACUCGUGGUGGGCCAUCAAGUACGCCAUCGUGCCCCGGUACCUAUCCAUCCGAUCCUCCACAAGCUUUCACGCUGCGGAAUCCGUGGGGGAUAAGGCAGGCAUUCAGCCGUUGGAGAAAAAGCGCUGGUUUGUGUCUGAGGAUUUCAUUUGUGUGAUGGCUGGUGUCAACAUCCUGUCGUGCAUUUCCCUCAUGACCAACGAGAAGCUGCUCACGGUCGGCUUCACCAUAGAGAAGAGUAAGACUCUUGUUGUGGACUCCUCUACUCUGUCGUACACCGACAUGCUGAUGAACCUGCUUGGCAUGGAUUACGGCGCAAUAUCCAUGGUGGUGUUGUUUUUCCUAUGCAUUGUCUUCCCGAUGCUGUUCUCCAUCUUCUUCUUGGCUAGCGUUUUCGGUUACAACUGGUGCAUGAGAAAUCGCAGCGUCAACGGCCGGCCAGUUGAGAUUACGGAUACCGACGACACGGAGACGCGCCUGGACUACGAGUGGGACAUUCGUUUAACCAGGUUUAUUUUUAAGUUCUGCAACAUGUUGUCGGAGUGGUCGUGUGGCGAGGUCGUGGCCCUGGCUACGAUGGCCGCAAUCACCAGCAUGAACACUGCCGACCGUGUGACGGUGACCAUUCCACCCAAGAAGACGUGCUCUGCGCUUUUCAUGAUGGGCGCGUACGGUGUGUCGUCCUUCCUGCUUACGGCUGCAUUUUACAUUUGGAAUCAAAAUGUGAAGCUGGAGUUUAGCCACAUCCGUAUCUACGUGAAGUACCUGGAGAGCCCAAACCGUGGACACAUGGCCCGCCUGAUGUCCGACAACCAGUUCACCGACGACAGCAUUUACAACGGCUCCAUGGGACGACCUGUGGUUCGUACGACUAGCCCGAGGCAACAGUCGCCCGUUCGCCGCCACUUCCCCGUGCCAUGCUUGGAGUCCAUGCGGCGCGUGCUAUAUUCGAAGUGGCUGUCAGGUACGUUCUUCGGUUUGCUGACGGGUGUUGCAAUUCUGCUCACCAUGUCAGCGUACACGUUGACGUACCCCUCUCCGCACGUGAACAUGCAGGCGGUGUCCGGGUUCCUCACUAACGACAUUAAGGAGAUCUACGGUUUGGUGAGGAAGCAGGUGCCGCAGAGCAUUGGCCAAUGUGGUUUCGACGACUUCCCGCCCGACCCGCCGUGUAUAGGUGCGGAGCCUCUUAUGGUCACCCAGAAUCGUCUCCACAUGAGUGUGGUCUGGUUUAGCGGCAUGAAGACCAUCGACAUCACUUCCGCGGAAUACUUCCUCAGCGCCGAGCGCCGUAUGACGUUCAAGUUUAUUUUUAAUAUCGAGAAGCUGAAGACGUACGUGCGGCUCGCCGCUGUCGAGCAGGAGAGGCUGAAGAACAUGAUCGCCGGUGUAAUUGAGACCGGGAUUCCGUUCGAUGUGGAGGCUCAGAUUUCUAUGAAGUGCGUGAAUCGCAGUCCCCAGAUGCGGGACUUGCGCGUGGAUCACAUUGUUCUGAGGGACUUCGUCGUGAAAGGCAAGUGGUAUCAGGGGGUUAGUGCUUUGAUAGACAUCCCUGCUGCCAUUGGAACUUGGUGUACUCGCGAGGCCAACCGCCUUCUGCAUGACCCCAAGCAGGUUAUCAUGUGGCGAGGAAUAUCGUUUGAUGUGGCCGAGUUCCUCAACCUGGUAGUGUCGCAGAACUGGCCGACCAACUUCAUCUGCCCUACCAACGACGGCUAA